UGUGGGGGUGGAAAUUGUAAUUGUGAUCCACUUGGUUAUGACAACUUAGAGUAACAUACACAAAAAUACUGUCACGUAUUGCUAGCCAGUGCUGGAUUCACUCAUUGGUUCUCCCACAUUGCUACAGAGUGCACAAAUGCGGUAGACGGCCGAGUAAACAUUGUUAUUUUCGUGAUAUUGAAAUCCGUUUAUCCUCUAUGCUGCUUCAUUUUACGACGCGUUCAGUAUCACGGAUUAUAUAGCGGUGAAGACAACCGUCUUGUGUACAAAAUGUUGCAAACAUUCUUACUAAAUCUAGAAGUUUUGCAGCGUCGCGAACGGAAAUGGUUGUUCGAUGUAGAAUCCGUGAUAUGUAACGAUUCGUGGAUUGUGACUGUCAAUUACGACAUGUGACAUGGGACCUCAAGUGACAGCUCUAUAAUGUUGUCGUUUCGGGAAGGUGUAGUAGACACAGGAAUGGAACCAAAUAAGCAUAGAUGUCAUCAUCAUAAUGCCCCACAUUAAGUCAGUAUGAGAAAUUGGGCACAUGACUAUUUAAGAUUUUGAUUAUUUUUCUUUUGGCCCACCAAUGGGCGGUUUGUGUAAGAAACGUGUAUCCGAUUCUCAGGAAUCCCAUGUUUCUCAGAUCUACAUAAGUACUGAGCCCCAUCAGUUACCAAUAAUUUAUCGAGAAGAAUAUAAUGUUCACUUUGGUGGCAUUGAGAAGCUACAUCCAUUCGAUGCAGCAAAAUGGGGACACAUUUUUCAGUAUCUGAAGGACGCAGAUAUUGUAAAUGAGAACACUGUAACGAAGCCCAAUGAAGUUCAACAAGAGGAUUUACUUCUUGCACAUACUGCACGCUACUUGAAAAGCUUAAAGUGGAGCUGGAAUGUUGCCCUUAUUGCAGAAAUUCCACCCCUUAUGUUUGUGCCAAAUUUUUUAGUUCAAGCAAGUUACUUACGUCCUAUGAGAUUCCAGACAGGGGGAAGCAUUCUGGCUGGCAAGUUGGCUCUAGAGCGCGGGUGGGCUAUCAACUUGGGCGGAGGAUUCCAUCAUUGUAGCAGAGAUAAAGGUGGAGGCUUCUGUCCGUAUGCAGAUAUUACUCUCCUUGUACAGUUCCUGUUUCAGUACGAACAUCAACGUGUGAAGUCCGCCAUGAUUGUUGACCUAGAUGCUCAUCAGGGAAAUGGUUAUGAACGGGAUUUCACCAACCAUGCCAAUGUAUAUAUCUUUGACAUGUAUAACUGUGAAAUAUAUCCACGAGACAAGCGUGCUAAAGCUGCAAUCAGGCGUUGUGUCGAGCUUACACACUUUACUGAAGAUAACGAGUAUCUUCAUAAGGUUGAGGAGAAUUUGGAACAAUCUUUACGAGAAUUUCAUCCUGAUAUAUUGGUGUACAAUGCUGGAACAGAUGUGUUGGAUGGAGACACACUGGGCCUCUUGGCAAUUUCUGCACAGGGCAUAAUACGAAGGGAUGAAUUAGUUUUCAUGAAGGCUCGCGAGAGAAGAGUUCCAAUCGUGAUGUUAACCAGCGGAGGUUAUCUCAAGAAAACAGCUCGAAUUAUUGCAGAUUCCAUUCAGAAUCUUUAUUCAACAGGCCUCAUUUCAGAAUGAAAUUGUAGGAGUAUUUGCUUAAGUCAUUUAAGGUUUUUUAUCUAUAAUAUGAGAAAGUAAUAUUGGACAUUUGGGCUAAUCCAUUACUUUGGUUUAACUUUACAGUAGAAAUAUGUUUACAGCACAUAUUCCUUCUAGGAAUCCAUUACCUCUGUCCUAGAUUAGCCCAUUGUCAUUAAAAUUACUUAAAACUAGUGCUUCCUGAUUAAUAUACCAAUACACCAAACUGCCCCAUAUGUGCCAAGCUUUGUAUA